AUACUUUGUAGAAAUAAUUUCAACCAGGAUUUAAAAAAUUCUAGUUAACAUCUGUAGUACUCACUCUUAACUUGCUGAAGUCAGCGAAAUCUGUUGAAAUCGAAUAAUCUAACGCAGCUGAGUACAUAAAACGAAGUCUUCAGUCUAGAUUUUUUGUUUGAAAAGAAUUAAAUCAUUUCGAAAGGUAUAUAAGUAAAAUGUAUAAAACAGUAUUUCACAUGAGAUAUGAGUAAAAUUUAUAAAUUUAAUCGCACGCACGUGGAAUCGAUUAGCAUAGAGCACCGGCGCAGCACUAUGCUAGAUGACGUACGCUCGUACAAGUUGUAAUCAGUGUUUUCUACUUUAAAUUACUCGCGCUCACUUGGCUUAAAAUCAUCUUGUAGAUCAACUCUUAUCUUAUCAGUAAAGCAUAAUGGAUACAUAUAAUCGGACAAAUUAAGAACAAUAAUUUUCAAAUUCGUGAUGUUUAGUCGAAGUCAGCAGUCGUCGCGUCAUGAUCCUGCAACUAAGAACGAACAUCAUCUUCUCACAAUGGUUUGCAGGAAUAGGAGUGACGCUGUUGCUGAUGCAACUUGGCUUUAUGGGCGGAUGGACUUCGCCGACAUUGGCUCGUCUUAUGGCUCCGGAAUCAGAAAUACCGAUGAAUCCAGAAGAAGCUUCUUGGGUGGCAUCUCUGGUGAAUUUUGGUAGAUUUUUCGGUGCCAUCUUUGGCGCCAUUUCGGAAAACUUCCUAGGCAGCAAGAAAUCUAUUUUCGUCACUCUAUUUCCCAUAGCUGCGGGCUGGCUCAUAAUUUCGUUGGCUAAUUCAGUUGUAUGGCUGUGCGUCGCACGAAUCUCCUCUGGUAUUGGUCUUGGAAUGAUAUUCAGCACCUUUCCUCUUUUUGUCGGUGAAGUUUCGAUGCCGGAAAUACGAGGUGCGCUUGUCUCAUUGGCCACCUUUGGUGUACCUGUAGGUCAAGUGGUAUCAAGUGUUAGCGGCACUUACUUAUCAAUAAGCCAGGCUGCAUCCAUCUACUUGGGCGUUUGUCUCGCGUUGAUGGUCAUGUUCUUCUGGUUACCAGAGUCACCCCAUCAUCUCAUCAAAAUUGGAAAACGCAAAGCUGCUAAAGAGUCAAUAAACUGGUACAGAGCCGGCAGAGAAGUGGAUAAGGAAUUUGAUGCAGUUGAGAAGUUCGUAACUUCGGACAGCAAAUGCAGCUUCUUAAACAAAGUCCGAGAAUUGCGCACUCCGGCUAUCAGAAAAGCAACUUUCCAAGUGAUAGCACUCUUUACAUUCAUGCAAAUCUGUGGUCUUAACAGUAUUAUAUUCUACAUGGAAACGAUUCUGUCGAAAGGUCAAAUCACUGUCAUAAGUCCGUCGCUCAUAGUCAUAGGCACCAACGUGUGCGGAAUUUUCGCCGCUGCGCUAUCAAUAGUGCUUAUAGACAGAUGUGGAAGAAGAUUUUUGCUUUUAAUUUCUAGUACGGGCGUGACCAUAUCCAUGGUAGGUUUGAUGAGCCACUUUAUGCUAAUAGACAUGGAGAUAGAUACAACUAACCUACAGUGGCUACCCAUUGCUUCUGUGUUCCUCUUCAUCAUAGCAUUCUUUUUGGGCUUAAUGCCUGUUCCCAGCACCAUUUUGAGUGAAACAUUUCCCGCUAACAUCAAGUGCAUUGCUGCUUGCAUUGCUAGUCUUACAGGAGCACUCAUGUCAUUUCUAUCUGCAAAAACUUACCAGCCGAUGGUCGACGCUAUGGGUGAAACAUACGUAUUCAUGUUUUACGCUAUUUGUUCAAUUAUUGUUAUACCUUACACAAUAUUUCUGAUGCCGGAAACGAAAGGUAAAAGUUUGCAACAAAUUCAAGAUGAAUUAAUCAAAAAGUGACGUAUAAUAUUUGUUGUAAAAGUGAGACCAUCAGUAGUAUUAUUUCUUUUUGUUUUUUAACAUUAAACGUACUUGUAAUGUAAAUAGUAAUUACGUGUUUGUAACAACGUUGUUAUGUAUUUUUCUAAUAAUCAAGUUCCUUUUAUCUGUAACGGAUAUUAUUAGUGCGAAAAUUUGCAAAUAAAGUUUUUAAGCUUAUAGUAUAAUAUACCUAUUACACAUUAUUAGUAUUUAAAAAGUGCGAGAGGUUAUCACGAGAUCCGUGAGCAAGCCAACACAGCUGAUAAGAACCAAAAAUCAGUCGACUACAUAUCGAAGAAGAGCAUUUGCUUGUAGCUCAUUCAAGCUUUGAGAGCUACAUCACUUCUGAGUAAUAGUGAUUCUCGACAAUUGAAAUAAAUUACUAUUAAAUAAAAUAAAUAAAAAUAAAAAAA